AUGGGGCAAGCGACUUCUACUCCUUUGUCCCUUAUGACUGACCACUUUUCUGAUUUUAAGUCUAGAGCACGGAAUCUAUCAGUGUUGGUGAAGAACAAACUAAUGACUUUUUGUUCCAUCGAGUGGCCUGCCUUUAAUGUUGGCUGGCCACGAGACAGAACCUUCUGCCUACCAAUUAUUCGAGCAGUUAGAGAGAAUAUGUUCGCUCCUAGCCCUUCUGGACACCCAGACCAAACACCCUAUAUUUUGGUCUGGCAAGAUUUGGUGGAAAAUCCGCCGGCCUGGCUGAAACAUUUUAUUCCCCAGCCCUUUACUUCCCCUUCCCCCACUUCGUCCAUCCCACAGGUACUUGUUGUGGAAACAUCCAAAGAGGAAGAGCACAAACAGUGCAACGGCCGGGUGAAGCCAGUAUUCCAGGAAUCCUCACUCUAUCCUAACCUAAUUGACCUGGAAACUGAUCUCUCCCCACCCCCCUAUGCGCAUCCACCUUUGCCCCCUCAGGUACCUCAGAUUUCGUCUGGAGGAACACGAAAGGAUACCGAACCCUCAGCCCCAACCCAGGAGGGGGACCCCGCCCAGGGAACUCGAGGAAGAACUAGGGGAGCCCUAAAUGUGGCAGACGAGGACAGCCCGGAAGCUCCCACCUCCACAUUCCGGGCACUUCCUGUUUGGGCAGGGCCAGCCCGCCCGGCCGGGGAGCAAACAUACCAAUACUGGCCCUUUUCUGCUAGUGAUCUAUGUAAUUGGAAAACUCAAACUCCUUCGAUCUCGGAAAAGCCUCAGGGCCUCAUUGACCUUUUAGAAUCCAUUCUCUUCACCCAUAACCCCACUUGGGAUGAUUGUCAGCAGCUGUUACAAGUACUCUUCACCACAGAGGAACGCGAACGGAUAUUGUCAGAAGCACGGAAAAAUGUUCCAGGGGUGGAUGGGAGACCUACCACGCAACCGAAUCUGAUUGAUGAGGGAUUCCCCUUGACGUGGCCCGGAUGGGACUUUGAGCACGCUGAUGGUAGGGAGCGUCUCUGAAUGUAUCGCCAGACUCUUAUGGCUGGUCUCCGAGCAGCCGCCAGGAGACCAACGAAUUUGGCUAAGGUAAAUCUGGUUAGACAGGAGCCGAAUGAGAGCCUGGCAGCCUUCCUUGAGAGAUUAAUGGAAGCUUUUAGGCAAUAUACCCCCAUGGACCCACAGGCCGACGAAUCACGCGUGGCAGUUAUGCUAGCAUUUGUGAAUCAAGCAGCCCCAGAUAUCAGGAGGAAACUGCAGAAAAUAGAGAGGUUAGGGGAACAAUCCAUACAAGACCUGGUGAGGGCAGCAGAGAGGGUUUUUAACCAUAGGAAAACUCCAAAAGAAAGGGAAGAACGUGUUAGACGGGAAGAGAGAGAGUUCAGGGCCGAGGAAAACCGCAGAAAUCAGAAAGAAUUAGCCCAGAUAUUCUUUGCAGGGGUGAGACAGGGAGCUGAUUCUCGAGGGACUAAUGAAGUUAGGCUGAGAGACGAAGAAAAGCUAGUCGGACAGAGACUAAACAAAGACCAAUGUGCACAUUGCCAGGAGUGAGGACAUUGGAGAAGAGAAUGCCCUAAAAGAAAUUCCCAUGGGGCCCACGUCUUAUAUGCAGGAAACGAUAGCGAUUAGGGGGGUCAAGGCCCGGCCCCCCUCCCCGAGUCCUGGGUAACUAUACAUGUGGAGGGGAAACCAAUCUGCUUCAUGGUGGACAUGGGAGCCCAAUACUCAGUCCUUAACCGAAAAGAUGGACCAAUGUCCAAAAAGACCAGCUGGGUACAGGGGGCCACCAGAACUAAACGAUAUGGAUGGACUACUAAGCGUCAGGUGGACUUGGGGGCCCAACCAGUGUCCCACUCAUUUCUCGUGAUACCAGAAUGCCCAGCUCCCUUACUAGGAAGGGAUUUAUUAUCUAAGGUCAAUGUUCAGAUUCAUUUUGACCACGGAGGGAUAUCAGUUAUGGAUGGGACCGGAUACCCUAUACAAGUUCUGUCCUUGGCGCUGAGGGAUGAAUAUAGACUAUACCAGCCGGGGCCUCCCAUGGCUAUUGACCCUAAUGUGCAACCUUGGGUCCAAAAAUACCCUCUGGCCUGGGCAAAAACAGUGGGGGUAGGGCUAGCCAAGCAGAGACCCCCCCAUAUUGUUGAACUGAAAGCAGAUGCCACCCCUAUACAGGUAAAACAGUACCCCCUGAGUCCGGAGGCCCAAUGAGGAAUCAUGCCACAUAUCCAGCGGCUCUUGAAGGUAGGGAUUCUCAAAAGGUAUCAAUCUUCGUGGAACACUCCCCUGUUACCAGUGAAAAAGCCUGGGGGAAUGGACUUUAGACCGGUCCAGGAUCUUUGUGAAGUCAACAAACGGGUGAAUGACAUUCAUCCCUCUGUCCCUAACCUGUACACCCUCUUGAAUGGCCUGCCACCAGACUAUGUCUGGUAUACAGUCCUAGACUUGAAGGAUGCUUUUUUCAGUUUGCCGCUGGCCCAUUCGAGCCAAGAGAUCUUCGCUUUCGAAUGGACCAAGGAGGGCAGCCAGACUACAGGACAACUAACCUGGACUCACCUCCCUCAAGGUUAGAACUCACCAACGCUAUUUAAUGAGGCUCUGGGUGAAGACCUUUGUGAGUACCGGGCUAACCACCCCAACGUUGUCUUGUUGCAGUAUGUGGAUGAUCUUAUAUUAGCCGCUGCUACUGAGGAGGCAUGCCUAGAGGUGACGGGCGACCUCCUCCAAACUUUGGGGACAUUGGGCUACCAGGCUAGUGCAAAGAAGGCCCAAACUGCUAAACAGGAGGUCACCUACUUAGGAUAUAAGAUAAAGCAGGGGUGGAGAUGGCUGACACAGGCUAUGAAAGAGACCAUUUUGCAGAUCCCUGAGCCAGCAACUCCUCGUCAAGUGAGAGAAUUUCCUGGGACUGUUGGGUAUUGCAGGCUAUGGAUUUUGGGGUUUGCGGAAAAGGCCUGGCCAUUGUAUGAAGGGAGUAGGGAGAGUAAAAACGGGACUUGGACUGAGCCAAUGAGACAGGCAUUUCAAGAACUUCGGCAGGCGUUGCUGAAAGCCCCGGCCCUUGCCCUCCCUAACCCAUCUAAGCCCUUUCAACUGUUUAUGGAUGAAAAACAGGGAGUAGGAAAGGGAAUCUUGAUGCAGCAAUGGGGGCCUUGGAGGCAACCUGUAGCCUACCUUUCUAAAAGACUGGACCCGGUGGCCACGGGGUGGCCACCCUGCCUGCGAAUCAUCGCAGCCACUGCUCUCCUGGUCCAUGAUGCCGACAAGUUAACAUAUGGACAACAGAUCCUGGUCUACACUCCCCAUGCCAUUGAAGGGAUUCUCAAACAGCCACCGGAUAAAUGGAUCUCCAAUGCCUGCUUAACCCAUUACCAGGCCUUACUGCUGGAUACCCCCCAGAUACACUUUCAGACGCCCUGCUUCCUGAACCCGGCCACUCUCCUGCCCGUCCCGGAGAAAGACAGCCCCCUCCACGAAUAUGGUGAGAUAUUGGCUGAUGUGACGGCCAUACGAAAAGACCUAAAAGAUGUGCCCUUAAAAGACAAUGAACUGGUAUGGUUUAUAGACGGAAGUAGUUUUGUAAACGAUGGACAAAGAAAGGCAGGGGCAACCAUUGCGGAUGACUCUGGAAGGGUCAUCUGGGCUGAAGCUCUGCCCCCUGGGACACCCGCCCAAAAAGCGCAAUUAAUAGCCUUGACACAGGCACUAGAGACGGCAGAAGGAAAAAGGAUCACCAUUUAUACCGAUAGCUGGUAUGCAUUUGGAACAGUGCAUAUUCAGGGCCCAAUUUAUAGAGAGUGGGGGUUUACGACAGCAGAGGGAAAAGAAGUUAAAAACCUACUCGACAUCCUCAGACUCCUAGCAGCAGUGCACCGGCCCCGAGCAAUGUCCAUAGUACAUGUCCCAGGACACCAAAAAGGAGAAGAUAAAAGCUCGGGCAACGAGGCUGCCGAUGUGGCGGCCCGGGAAGCAGCCCUUGGAGACUGCAAAACCCCCAUAUUGACUGUGGGAUUGCCACCCCUGGGAAAGGGAACCCUGCCCCCGACCCCCGAGUAUUCCUCUUCCGAUCUAAGUUGGAUUCAAGAGAAUGCUAACUGUCCGGAGGGCAAAGACGGAUGGUAUCGAGACCAAAAUGGCAAGUUGUUGCUUCCGGCUAACUUGGGUCGACACCUUUGCACGCACCUAUAUCAGACCAUCCAUCUGGGAGAAAAAAAGACUCUAGCACUCUUGCAGACAGCGCAUCUGCAGUUUCCCCGACAAAAGGCAACUAUACAAGACAUAGUCCAUGCCUGUAAGGCGUGCCAGAUGAUGAGACCAGGAAAAAGACAACAUACGGGUAUAAGGUACUGGGGAGAAAGGCCAAGACAACACUGGGAAAUAGAUUUGAUAGAGUAA